GACUUGUUAAUCUCCAAUCUUUGGUACAGAGCAUUCAGAACCAAGAAAACCAGAAGGAAAACCUGGACCAGAGGUUCCCCAGCCUGUUCAAGAAGGGACGGAGGAAAACGGUCGUCAGGAACCUGGGGAAAAUCAUCUAUUACUCCAAGGUCAAAUUCAAGUUUCAGCACUGCCAGGAGGUCAAUGACUGCUACCUGGAGCUCUUCCAGUCUCACCUCUACUUCCAGUCCAUGGGCUCCAAUGGGCUCACCUACCAGGGCCUGCUGCCUUUGAAAGAGCUGAAUGUCUGCGAGAUGGAGAGCAGGAGGAGCGCGGGGCAGGAGGAGCAGCACGCCUUCCGCAUCACAGGUCCAUUGCUGAACCCUCUGAUUGUGUUCUGUCCCACGGAGACGGAGCUGAAGCAGUGGCUCUAUCACCUGGAGAAGCAGAUCCACCUGAACGGAGGGAGCCUGGGCUUGCCCUUCAUUGCUCAGGAUGACUGGAAGCAGAGCUCGGUGGGGAAGGAGGAGCUGCGGUGGUCGGUGCAGAACAUGCCUGUCCAGGAGUGGAGGGGGACCCAGCGGGAAUCCCUCGGUGACGUCCUCUGCGUUUCCAAAGUGAAGCUCCAGCACCUGCCUUUCCAGGAGCAGCACGAGCGCCUGCUAGUGCUGUACCCCUCCACGCUGGUGAUUGUGUCUGAAGAGCACAACGGCCUCUACUUUAAGGGCGAGCUGCCACUCAAUGCCAUCCAGGUGUUGUUUGAAGAGAAUGAGAAAACCUCAUUUUUAAUAGAAGGUGCAUAUUCAGGGCUGUGCUGGAUGCAAUCUGGGUUUGGGCUGGGAUCCUCUUGUCCCAUGGUGGUGUAGGGAU